UUGAAAUUAUCCAAGAACUACUGAAAAAUGGAAAUUUAAUAUUUGAAAACAAACUUUUUCAACUUUUCACUAGUUAAUGGCUACUGAUGAAUAUAGAAAGUUAAUCAAACAGGAGGUGGAAUCUGCUGAUGAUGAAAAGGAUAGUAACAUCUCUGAAGAAAAAUGUGAUGCACUCAAAGUAAUCAUAUCAAAGAAUGAAUUUGAGCCAGGACAGAUCAAAAGUGAAGAUGGAAUUGAUAUUGUUCAUCAUGAUCUGAAAUCUGAAAGAUGUCUGGAAGGAGAAGAGGGAGGUCCUCUUUGUGAGGUGUGUGGAGGAAGUUUGCUUAUUCCAUCUGAUUUUUUCAAUCCUGAUGGUUGGAAAUCUUGUUGUAUCUGUCAAGGCCAGAAUGGGUCCGAUGCAAUGCAAAAUGAAGAAAUGACUCGAGAUUUAAAACAACCUAGCUUCUACUCAGAUUCAAAAUUGAUUCUUUUUGAAACCCAGGAAGAAACGUUUUUUGGUAAAGAAGAGGAGGUUAUCCAUGAAAAUAAGUUAUCAUGUGAAAUAAAAGUCGAAAAGCAGCAUAAAACAGAGGAUACGAAUGAAAUAAUCAGUUCAGGAUGCUAUUUAAAUUCAAUUAGAGGGACUGGAGAAAAAAUUACCUCGACGAAUUUGAAUGAAAGAACUAAUGCGAAAUCUGUUGAAAACAAACACACUUUGAAGAUCCAUGAAAAAAUUCAUACUAGAGAAAUAACUUUUCAGUGUAAAAUAUGCUCUAAAUCAUUUACUCGUAAAUCUGGUUUGAAUAGGCAUAAAAAAAUUCAUUCCGGUGUAAAACCCUUUCAAUGUAACAUUUGCUCUAAAUCAUAUAUUCAAAUUAACGAUUUGAACAGGCAUGAAAAAAUUCAUACUGGCGAUAAACCAUUUCGUUGCGGAAUCUGUUCUAAAUCAUUCAUUCGAAGUUCUGAUUUGAAAAGUCAUGAAAAAAUUCAUAUUGGCGAGAAACCAUUUCAGUGUAAAAUCUGCUCUAAAUCAUUCAUUCAAAGAGGUAAUUUGAAAGCGCAUGAAAAUAUUCACAUUGGAGAAAAACCAUUUCAAUGUGAAAUCUGCUCUAAAUCAUUCUUUCGAAACAGUAAUUUGAAAAGACAUGAAAAAAUUCAUGCUGGCGAAUAAUCAUUCCAGUUUAAAUUGAAAGGGGUGGGGGUGGAAGGACUUUGGUUGAUAGCCAGUUGCGCCAAAUUGUAUUUUUUUUUUUCAAUA